AUGGCGACCUUCAUUCUUUAUGUUCUUCCUCUUCUACUUCUCCCUCUCUAUCUAUAUCUCAUCUUCUUCACCCCCAAAAAGAGCUCCGACGAUCUGAAAAACCUACUUCCCGGCUCCAAGGGCUGGCCAGUUCUCGGAGAAACCGUGGAGCUGGCCUUGGUAGGCUUAUCCAAAUUCGUUGUUGGGGGAAAAUCUAGUGGUUUUCUGCGGUGCAAAAGGGUGUUCAUGGAGAAGCUGUUGGAGCCCUUCUCUCAGAUGGCUAGUGGGCUUAUUUCCCUGCCUGGGACAGCCUUCAACCGCGGCGUCAGAGGAGGCAAGGCGGUGAGGGGCCAGCUAUUGAGGAUCGUAGAGGAGAGGAGGAGGAAGGGGAGCGAGGGAGGAGACUGCUGGCUUUCCAAGCUGCUGCUUUUAACUGAUGAAGAUGGCAAACAUCUGAGUGAUAGGAAGAUUGCUAAUUUCUUUCUUGGUUUGCUGCUGGGUAGCUACGAGGCCACUGCCUAUACUAUAACUGCUGUCAUAUAUUAUCUUGCUCAACUUCCACACAUUUAUCAACAAGUUUUUGAAGGUGAGAAUCGGAUCGAUCGUCUCUAUUUGCUGCUUGGGAUCCUCUAG